ACUGAAAAUGGCAGCUCACCGCUGUGUUACCUUUCUGUUAGCCUCCACAAUUCUUUGUAGUUUGCUGGUUUGUUACGUGUUCUGCGAUUCUGAACCAGUGAAGGAGGAGACAGCGCAUAUUUCCAAGCCAAAUGAAGUUUUUGUAGAAGAUGAUACGCUUGUGAAAGUUGCCAACGAGCAGCCAGCCGUCGACUCCGACAGUAAACCCAUUGAGGAAACGCACGAUGACAGGCAGUGGCAGGCCACAGAGGAAGAGGCAAUUAUGGCCAAACCUGAGCCGGAGGAGGACAUUGCACCUCCUUCGCCCUUUAAAGACGAAUUUAAAGAAGAGUUGGUGAUAAGACCUUUGCAUUCGGGGGACAUCUACGCAAGCUUUCAGUUUCGCACCCUCUGGAAUACCGAUUUUCUCCAAGGCAAAAGAGUGUCCCACUAUCACCUCUUCCCCAAGUCUCUGGGCCAGGUCAUCUCCAAGUUCUCCAUUCGUGAGAUGCACAUCUCCUUCACCCAGGGCUACUGGCGCACCAUGCAGUGGGGACAGCCCUUCUUGCCCUCCCCGCCUGGAGCAGAGCUCUGGGUGUGGUUCCAGGACACUGUCACAAAUGUUGACGGUGCAUGGAAGGAGCUGACCAAUGUCCUGUCAGGGAUUUUCUGUGCCUCCUUAAAUUUCAUCGACUCAACAAACACUGUGCAGCCCACAGCUUCUUUUAAGCCCCUGGGUCUUGGCAAUGUGACAGACUCCCGCUUCCUGCGUUACGCCAUGCUGCCGCGUGAGAUUGUCUGCACCGAGAACCUCACACCCUGGAAGAAACUUCUCCCAUGUGGCUCUAAGGCUGGACUGGCAGUACUGUUGAAAUCAGAGAAACUGUUCCACAGCAGUUUCCACUCAGAAGCCGUGCACAUCCGCCCUGUGUGUCAGGAUGCUGAGUGUUUGGCGCCAUCUUGGGAGCUCCGGCAGACUCUGAACGUGGUGUUUGAUGUGUACACCUCAGGCCAGGGGAAAAAAGAGUGGUCCCUGUUCAAGAUGUUUUCCCGUACCUUGACUGAAGCCUGUCCUCUGUCCUCCUCCAGUAAAGUCUAUGUGGAUGUAACAGAUAACCCAGAGGGGGAGCUGUUUGACUUGCUCCCGGCCUCUCCCCUGCUGGAGCAAGCGGUGGUGCUGGGUGACAGGCGGACCUAUGUGGUGUAUGACCUCCACAACAAGGACACCUUUGGCAGCACUCGAUCCUUGAACCCACUGGUGCGCUGGAAAGGAGACAGUGGUGAGAUGCUGCGCCCUCUGCUCCACAGUGAGCGCUACGUGGCCGGCUUCGGCCUGCAGACGGGUGAGAUCCACACGGUCAUCUACAACCACCACCCGUACCGCGCCUACCCCGUGCUGCUGAUGGAGACCGUGCCCUGGUACCUCCGCCUCUACAUACACACCCUCACCAUCACCAGCAAGAACAAGGAGAACAGACCCAGCUACAUUCACUACCAGCCAUCAAAGGACCGGCUGAAGCCUCACCUUCUGGAGAUGCUGGUGCAGCUGCCACCAAACUCGGUGACUGAGGUGACGGUGCAGUUCGAAAGGGCCCUCCUCAAGUGGACCGAAUACACACCUGACCCCAAUCAUGGCUUCUAUGUCGGGUCCUCGGUUAUCAGUGCCCUUGUGCCAAGCAUGGUAGCCAUGGACACCAACAACACCAAAGACCGUCCUCUCUUCAGUAGCUUCUUUCCCUGCAAAGAGGAGUCCAGCUACUUUGCCCGCGUGUACACCGAGCCCUUGCUGGUCAACCUGCCCACGCCCGACUUCAGCAUGCCCUACAACGUGAUCUGCCUGACGUGCACGGUGGUGGCGGUGGGCUACGGCUCCUUCUACAACCUGCUGACGCGCACCUUCCAGGUGGAGGAGCCUAGCCCGGGCCUGGCCAAGCGCCUCGCCAACGUCAUCCGAAGGUGGAGGGGCGUCCCGCUACUCUGAUCUGAGCAGCGCAUAUUGACCCCUUUUUUAAGAAGUUACGUUGUCACUGACUGCGCGCGCAUUGUUGGCUCAAACACACACACACACACACACACACAGUGCAGACCCUACAGUAAAGAGAGAAGACAUGCCGUCCUGAAGAGUGUACGGUUGUUAAAAAAAAAAAUAAAAAAAAAUCCUAAAAGUACACUUGUAAUGCUAUUCUGAGAGCAAAUAGGCUGUUCCAGAAGCAUAGGAGAUUUUUUUUUUACAAGAAAUUCAACGUACUGACUGGACUGAGGACACCAUCAGGAAUGCCCUUGUCUGUGGCGCCCACUUUAUAUCGUUAUCAGUAUCGUGACCAUCCAUUUUCUUAUUUCGGAAAAAAAACACCUGGCUUGUUUCUUUACAAAUGUGCGGUACAUGGUCGAUUCUGCUCCAACAAUGCGCGCGCAGUCCCGAUUACAUCACAUCUGUGUACAAACAGUAAGGGGGUCUAUUGAUACACAGAACACUAGAUGUCACGUUCAGACUUUUUGAUGUCUUCAUGGAAGCAAUGUUAUCCAUGUACAAAGAAUGUCAGCAAUCAGAUAUAGCCACUCAUUCCAAUAGAUCGAGGUAGUCAGUCAGCGCAACAUCUAGUGUUCUACUGUACUGGAGCAAGGAGCCAAGACAUACAGGAAAUACUCUCCUCCAAGAAGUAUGUGGCACGCUGAACUCUGCCGAUUAAUGGCGAGAACACUGUGGAACUGAAAACAGUGCUGCUUGCCGGGAGACAUGGAGGGGGAAGGAUGUCCCCUUGAGAUGGUGAAUAGUUUUACCUGUCAAAGAUGGCUUUUGAAAUAAUUCAGACAGAAGAUGAAAUGAUAGCUCAUCUGACCCACUUUGGGACUGGAUUUUUUUUUGAAGCACUGAUUGUUGUUUGGUGCUUGCCUUCUUUUUUUAUUUAUCUGAAUGAAAUUGAACAAGCAAAGUCUUGAAAACAUCUGUGUCAUUCAGAAGAAGUAUCCAGCCACUCCCAUGCUUGGGGCAUUACUGGUUAUGUUCUCAGGACAUCUGAUUAUUAUUGAAGGCUUUACUACUGAGGACACCUGUGCCACACAUAUUGCACUGUUUUUUUAUUUGUGUUGUUUAUUUUUAUAAGUUUGUCAAAUGACAAACAGGGUGAAAGGAAUUAAUUAUUUCAUUGUUUUGAACUGUUCUUUACAGAUGAAGUGUCUCAUUAUUUAUUUUUGUUCUUAUGCUCUGUCCUUAAAUUAAUUUGGUGAUAGGAACUCCACACUGCCCAGCAUUGUUUCAGUAAUUGGACUUUUGUGCAACCCAAUUCAGAUCAUUUAGCAAAGAACAUGAUGUACCCUAUUCUUACAUGUGGGCUUUUGAAUGCAACACGGCAUGCAAAGCUUGGCAUAUCUUGCCAUUGUUGAAAAAUGUUGAUUUUAAAGUGUGAGCAUGCACGUGCACACACACACACAGAUAUGCAAGCAAGCACAAUUUAGUACUGUUUUAUUUGGCACAUAAAACCAUUUAUUUUGGGAGUUAAGUAUCCAUUUCUGGAAACAUUUGGCAGCAGUCGGUUGUUGAAUGAUGUUAUGGUCUAGCUAUUCGGCCUUAAGUCAUAGCUCCUUUUCUGUCCUAGACUUAACAAGCAUCUUGUCUUAAUUUUGGUUCUAUUGCUCUCUUUUUUUGACCUGAAGGCUUCUCAAAGUAAGAGAUUAUGAAUUAAAGGGGAAAAAAGUUA